UUUCAAUCACACGAUAAGAUGUUCGAUAAAUUCGAUAUGAAGACGAAAAGUGACCAUAGUUUAAGGUAUUCCAGGCUGAUUCUUCGAUCGAGUAACAAAACAAACGAUUCAUAGGUGACAUUAAUGAAAAAGUAGUUAUCAAAUCAUUUGUUGGUAGUGAUUGUGAAGGAAGGAAGUUAAGAGGUAUCGAAGAAGAAAAGAACCAAACUCUAUGAAGUUAACAUAAUCUACGGGUGAAAUCCGAAAUUCACGCUUGAGUUUUCAAUUAUUCGCAAUAUGAGUCGAAACAGAACAUUUGUUUUACUACUAUUGUGUUAUAUGUUACAAUUAACGCAAUGCACAGAUAAAUACCACUGUGUAUGGUACGGAAAGUGUGGUACCCGGAACAAUUUGCAGCUUCCGUGUGUGGCAAACAAUCCUGCAAAACCAAUCAAUAACUUAACAACCUCAGAACUUCUCCGUGGAAAAUGUCCACAAUAUUUCGAAAAUAUAGGUUCGAAUGAACCAGAAUUAUGUUGCAACUCUGAUAAUAUUGAAACGUUAGUUACACAGCUAUCCAUGGCCGAAACCAUCUUUGGCCGAUGUCCAACUUGUAUAAAAAAUGUAUAUAAAUUACUAUGCGAUUUAAGUUGUAGUCCUGAACAAAGUAGAUUUCUCAAUGUCACGAAAACAAAUAAAACUUCUGAAAACAAAGAAUACGUCGAAGAAUUGGAAGUUUAUAUUGAUGAAAAAUAUAUGAACGAUACCUAUGAUUCCUGUAAGAAUGUCGUGUAUCCAGCAUCCGGAAAUUUAGCUAUGGAUCUCGCUUGUGGAGUUCACGGUGCUAGUAGAUGCAAUGCAAAAUUAUGGUACGAGUUUCAAGGUGAUCCGGUUGCAAAUGGUUUUAUAGCCUUUCGAAUGACUUUUAUCACGGAUAAACCAUAUUGGAACGAAACUACGAAGACAUGUGACGAACAGUAUGAUGGUUUAUCGGCAUGUAGUUGCGUUGACUGUCCAAAAUCCUGUCCUCUUAUCAAAUUUGUCGAAGGUGAUAAUGUUCCCUUCAUUCUUUUUGGAAUGAACGCCUAUGGUAUCAUAACAGCAAUUGUAAUCAUUUUAAUCUCCUUAUUCAUCACAAUUGUAUAUCAAUUAGUACAGAGAAGAUUCCGUUCAGUGAAAACACCCGACGAUGAAGAAGACGAAAUGGAAGAUGAAGACGUAAAAAAACGGAUUAUUUUUAGAAGAUAUCAUAAAAUAUUUCAUGUGGCUUUCACUCUUUGGGGCAAAGCAUUCGCAAAAUAUCCAUCCCUCACGUUAGUCAUCUUUUCGUACGUAAUAUUGGGAUUAAGUUACGGAAUAACGUAUCUUUCUAUAACAAGUAACCCGAUAGAAAUUUGGGCAGCACCUACUAGCAGAGCUAGACUUGAGAAAAAUUACUUCGAUUCUCAUUUUCAACCGUUCUACAGAACUGAGCAGGUUUACAUUAAAUCCGUGGGCCUUGAUAAGAUAAUCCACAACACACCAAAUGGUAACCUUGAAUUCGGUCCUGUAUUCAACAAGGAGUUUUUGCUCGCUGUAUAUGAUCUCCAAGAAAAUAUAUUGCAACUUGGACAAGACGACGGAGAAGGUUUGGAACAUAUCUGUUAUGCUCCUGUUCAAAGCGAAUUUUUUGGCCCCGUUACUUUGGAUCUUUGUACAGUGCAAAGUGCAUGGGGAUAUUUUCAAAAUAAUCUCUCUUCGUUUAAUAAGAUAGAUACAUCGGAUUCGUAUGAAGUAAAUUAUUUGGAUCAAUUGUACAAGUGUGCUCAAAAUGCAUACAAUCCUGAAUGUCUGGCACCGUACAAGGGGCCGGUUUUACCCGCGCUAGCCUUUGGAGGAUUUCUUCGUGAGAACGAAUUCAACUACGACGCGACAGAUUACAUCAAAUCGACCGGAUUGAUUUUAUCGUUUCUUGUAAAAAACUCACUAAACAAAACUGAACUUGAUGCAACUCGCAAGUGGGAACAGCGAUUCAUUGACUUUAUGAAAGAAUGGGAUGUAAAAAAGAGACCAAAAUUUAUGGAUGUCGCCUAUACUACGGAGAAAUCAAUUGAGGAUGAAUUAGAGCGAUCGUCGAAAGCAGAAGCAGUAACAGUAAUAUUCAGUUACGUGUUGAUGUUUCUUUAUGUAGCUUUUGCCUUAAGCGAAAUAAAAUGUUCCGUUAAAAAGUAUUUUGCAAACAGUAAAAUAAUAUUAAGUAUCGGUGGAGUUAUCACCGUAAUAGCGUCAGUAGCUUCUUCCCUUGGUAUAUUUGGCUAUAUUGGAAUACCCACGACACUACUCACGAUCGAGGUAAUUCCGUUUCUGGUACUAGCUGUGGGCGUAGAUAAUAUUUUUAUUUUGAUUAAUACGCAUCAAAGAAAUCCAAGACGUAGCGGAGAAUCGGUGCCUAAUCAUAUCGGCAGAAUCAUGGCCGAAGUUGGACCAUCAAUGUUACUCACUAGUAUGUCUGAAUGCUUCUGCUUCCUUAUCGGGACAUUAUCGACAAUGCCUGCGGUAAAUACUUUUGCACUCUAUGCAUUUGUGUCUAUCUUAAUCAAUUUUUUGCUGCAAACAACUGCGUUUGUUAGCCUUUUAUCGUUGGACGAGCAACGAUUCGAGAAUAAUUUUUUGGAUGUAUUAUGUUGCAUAAAAACGAAAAAAAAGAAUUUUAUAGUCGGAGAAAACUUCAGUUUCGUACAUACGAUCUUCAAACGUUUUUACACACCUUUUCUUAUGAAAACACCGAUCAGAAUAAUCGUAUUAAUCAUAUUCAUCGGAGUACUAGUUACACACGUAAUAGUAUUGCCAGAUAUUAGUAUCGGAUUGGAUCAAAAACUUUCGAUGCCUGCAGAUUCUUAUGUUUUAAAAUACUUUCAGUUUAUGGAAGACCUUUUAUCAAUGGGCCCACCUGUUUAUUUCGUGGUAACUCCUGGACUUAAUUAUAGUAGUAAAAUGGUGCAAAAUAUAAUUUGUGGUGGUCAAGGAUGUAAUAGCGAUUCUCUAUACACGCAAAUUUAUUCGGCUGCUAAGCAACCUCAAACAUCGUAUUUGUCGAAAGCAGCUUCAUCUUGGAUAGACGAUUAUAUGGAUUGGUCACAAAUUAACGGCUGCUGCAAAUACUUUCAAAAUAAUCAAUCCUUUUGUCCACACACGAACUAUUCGUGUAAGGAGUGCGAGAUUUAUAUCGACGCGGACCAUCGACCAGAUCCGUACAGUUUCCGAAAAUAUGUAUCCUACUUUAUACAAGAUAUUCCAGACCCAAACUGCGCAAAAUCAGGUCGUGCUGCAUACUUUGAUGCAAUAAAUUAUUAUACAGGCAAAGACAGUUUAACGGAUGUUAAGGAUAGUUAUUUUAUGGGAUAUCAUACCCCGUUAAAAAAGUCAUCUGAUUGGUACGAAGCAUUGAGAUCUGCUAGAACUGUCGCGGACAAUAUUACUACUAUGAUAAAUAGUAAACAUCUAACCAACGAGAAGAUAACUAUAUUUCCAUACAGCGUAUUCUAUGUGUAUUACGAGCAGUAUCUCACAAUCUGGAAAGAAACGCUAUCGUCAUUGGGUUUCUCUCUUUGUGUCAUCUUUGUAGUGACUCUGAUCCUAACAGAAUUGUCGUUAUUUUCGGCGAUAAUAGUAAUACUGACAGUACUCAUGAUCAUCGUAAAUAUAGGCGGUCUUAUGUAUUGGUGGCAUAUUCAAUUAAACGCAGUUUCUCUCGUCAAUUUAGUAGUGGCCGCUGGUAUAUCCGUAGAAUUUUGCAGUCAUAUCAUACAUUCGUAUUUAAAAUCUACGAAGAAAACAAAAGUUGAUCGUGCGUCUGACGCACUUAACAACAUGGGAAGCUCGGUAUUCUCGGGAAUCACAUUAACGAAAAUCGUAGGUAUCAUUAUACUGGCGUUUUCGAAAACUCAAAUCUUCCAAAUAUUUUUCUUUCGAAUGUAUUUGAGUAUUGUACUUUUUGGUGCUGCGCAUGGUCUAAUAUUUUUACCGGUGCUACUGAGUUUCAUAGGUCCUUCAAGAACGUUAACAAAGGUAGCAAAGAAUGAAAACAAAAAUGGAGGAUAUAUAAACAAUAUCACAUUCAACAAAUAAUAACAACGUGUAAAAUGUACAAAGGGUUUUUGUCCAUAAAUUAUUAUUACAUUUUAAGAGCGCGAAAACAAAUUAAUUUUCUACUUAGUUUUGAAACACAUUAGAAUCAUAUAUAAAAUAGAAUAUAUAUUAAAUUAUUAUUUCUAAAAAUAUAUUUCUAUCGAAUAAAAAUAAUUAAUAAUAUCACAUAUCUGCCUAAAUAUUAGAAAAGUUGUACAUAUUACAUCUCAACAUCGAAUCAUUGAAAUGCCGGUCCUGCACUUCAAAUUAUUGAAUAUCAGACAGAAGAUUAAGCAGAAAAAAUAAAAUAAUUUUCAUUCUUUGACCAUCGUUUCCUGAUAACAUUUUUUAAAUUUCGAUGUGUAAUGUCUCAUUUUAGAUAUUUUCAGUUA